GAAAAGAAUAAAUUAUCUUCAAACGUAGAAUUCAGGUUUUCCUAAAGGAUGAAGGUUUUGAUAUUUUCACUGCUGCUUGCCAUUGAAUCAGUGAGCACUGUGCUUGCACAGAACGAGCAAGACACUUGUGAAAUGCUGACCAGUGGUAUACAACGGUGCUAUGCAAUCAUUGGAAUUAAGCUACCUGCAGAAAACAUCAAAAGUAUUAUGUCUGUCCCAUUAGAAUAUUUGGAAACGUGCGGGAUGAACUUUGAACAAUUUUUUGUCUGUUACGAAAGCAUAAUUCUGAUGUGUCCAAAUUAUCUGGACGCUAAUCCCCUGAUGAUGAGUAAGCGCUCCCUACAAUCAAUGAUGUUUGGAAUGUGUGAAAACAAAGAAAUAUACUUACAAGGUUUGGAAUGUGCUGAAAAGAAAAGUAAUAAAUUUCAUCUUUACAUGCAAAAUUGCUUUGGAUUACGCCAUUUUGGAAAUGCAGUAGAUGCCCAAUCUGCACGAAACUGGACCGGUUUUUGUGGAUCUCUAGACACAGAGUUCAGCUGCGCCGAGACAAUAUUGAAAGCCUUUGAAUGUGGGGAAGAUUUUUUGAGAGUAUCUAUGCAGUUUCUACACUCUAUUCAACCGACUGUUUGUAUGGACAACUCUAUCAAUUGGGAUUGGGUUCGAAGACACGUUGGAAAUGGAGUAUCUACAUUGUAUUUGUCAUUUCUUUUGUUACUCUUGAUAUUGUUUCCCCUGCUUUUUUGA